AUGGGCGUCGCGGGCAGCUAUAGCUCUUACUAUCAAGAGCCGCAGUCGGCCUUCUCGACGCCCAACAUGUCGGCGACGGCCAUGACCUACGGGGCAGACUAUGGCUCGGACACGCGAGGGCAGAACCAAAGCUUUGGAAACUACAACGCUGGCAUGAUGAUGUACAACGUUCCACAGCCGAACACACAAACGCCCGUCUACGACACGCAACCGUUUGCGCAGCGCCAGCAGCAAACCGCCAUGCCCAUGAUGGCGCCGGACGUCGCUUCCACGUACUUUGGCUCCGAGGCGGGAGCAGCGGCGACGUCGGGCUUGCAGCACGCCGGCCAGGGCACGAGCGCCUCGACGGGUGAGUACCAGCAGCAGGGCGCACACAUGAGCUACCCGGGCAACAUCAACGCGAUGCAGCAGCAGGGAGCGGCCGGCGCGAACGCGGGGGCGGCUGAGGGCCACGAAUACCGCGACGCCGCGCUGGAGGAGAAGUGGCUAAACUAUCAGCGGCAACUGGGAACCGUCUUCCAGGAUAUCAAGAAUGGGUCCCUGGAGAGCGCGUCCGAGACACUGUUGGGCCUGUCCAACUGGCUGUUGACGCAAGUUGCAGACUUGGAUGCAGGGCUAAGCCAAGACGACGCAAGCCUACACGACGAGCGAAUCAAACUGUGGAACGACUUCAACCACGCUUGGCUGGCCUUGGGUUUUCAGCAGAAGCAGCUGAUGGAAUCCGGGCAGCAAAUCUCCAGAUCCCAGGGGCUGAUGUCGGAGGAGAUGAUCAAGAGGAUGGGCGACGAGCUCGUCCGGCUGUGCGACGGCAUCGAGCGGCAUGGCCUGGUCGACUACCAGUACGGUGUGUGGGAGGAACAGAUUGCGAGCAUUCUCGAAGAAUGUCUAGACCUUUACGAAGUCCGCAAGGCGUCUAGCGGCGGCGACGAGUCCCGUUGA